AUUUAGCACUUCUUUCUUUUCAGGGUGUGGAAUUAUGAGGAGGCUACCCUUCUCAAUGGUUUUGAGAAUCAUGAUUUUCCUGACAAAGGAAUUUCUAAGCUCUGCCUUGUCAACGAGCUUGAUGACAGCUUGCUACUUGUAGCUUCAAGUGAUGGAAAUAUUCGUAUUUGGAAAGAUUACACCGUGAAGGGUAAACAAAAGCUUGUUACUGCAUUUUCUUCUAUUCAAGGCCAUAAACCUGGUGUAAGAAGCGUGAACGCUGUGGUGGACUGGCAACAGUUAUCUGGAUAUCUGUACACUUCUGGAGAGGUAUCAACUAUCAUGGUCUGGGACCUGGAGAAAGAGCAACUUUUUAGUUCUUUUUCAUCAUCAUCAGAUUGCAGCAUUACAGCAUUGUCUGCUUCUCAAGUCCAUAGAGGUGCACUUGCUGCUGGAUUUGCUGAUGGUUCUGUUAGGCUCUAUGAUGUUCGAAAGCCUGAAAUGCUUAUUUGCUCGACUCAGCCUCAUACUCAGAAUGUAAAAAGAGUAAUGGGGAUUGGCUUUCAACCCGGACUUGAUCCUGGAAAGAUUGUUAGUGCUUCUCAAGCUGGUGACAUUCAGUUCCUUGAUAUCAGAAAUCUCAGGGAUGCUUACCUGACAAUAGAUGCUCACAGGGGCUCACUUACAGCUUUAGCUAUUCAUAGGCAUGCCCCAAUCAUUGCUAGUGGUUCAGCGAAACAGUUGAUUAAGGUCUUCAGUCUGGAGGGUGAACAGCUAGGAACCAUUCGUUACUACCCUAGCUUCAUGGCCCAGAAGAUUGGUUCUGUGAGCUGUCUUACAUUCCAUCCCUACCAAAUACUACUUGCUGCUGGUGCUGCAGAUGCUUGUGUCUCCAUAUAUGCUGAUGACAAUGCUCAAGUGAGAUGAAUUUGCAGUGUUUUCUGGUAUCUUUUCGUUGAGUCUUUCAAGCAGCAGAAGUACACAGAAUUUGAUGGGGGAGAAGGGAUUUGGAUCAUCGAAUGGGAAACAUUCUGCUGCUCCAAACCCCUGUGUUCUCAGUCUUUCUGGAUAGAGUUGCCUGCUACAUUCUGCUGAAAAUUGUAUGGUAUAUAUUCAUUAGCCUCCAGUGCUGACGACGCACAGGUUAAAAAAAAAAAAAACCUGCAUUGGGUAAAAGGGGGGGGCUUUGGCAAAUAAAUUUGUUAUAUAGGUAAAUGCGUGUAAAUAGUUGCGUAGUCUUUGGUUUCUCCUUUUGGCGUGUUAAUUGUUUCUUCUAUUCCCUUGCUCAAUUUGUAAAAGUAGCACCUGUCACAAUCCAAAUCAAGUGUUAGCUAUUUGAUGGUGCAAUUGGUAAUUCCCCUGAAAUUGGGGGGCCCUUCAACUAA